CGAGUCGGUCGUCAGUCGAGGCAGGCAAGCAGUGAGGCGAGGGUGGACGGAGGGAUGAAAGGCGUCGGAAGGCGUCGCCGAUCUCGCUCGGCCGCACGCUGCUGCUGCUGCACGCCAGACCACUAGUUAAUUUUCCUUUCGCCGUGCCAAAUUAUCGCGAGUGACUGACGACUGAAAAAGACUUUUAUCACUGAGACACGUGUGCUUUCGAUUGGUCGUUUUUGCUGCCCCGCUGUACACUUUUCCACCCGUCUAUUUUCGCCAGAGCGGUUUUUGAUACUCAACUAUUAGAGAGAAGAGAAACACUGCGGGAGUUACACAGAGAUUUAGCUAUUUGUAUACUUGGAUUUAUCACGCACCUAGUCACUUAACCGGAACGCGUAAAAGCAAAACAAAAAAUCGUAGAUUUUGAUGUUCCAAGAUGUCGCCUAGAGUAUUUUCAGAAGUUUUAGCUACAGCUGUAGUAGUGAUUGUACUUGGAUUUACGACCAAUGUCAACGCUGCAAGUGUUUAUGAUAUCCCACACCUUCGUCGAGAAAAAGUGUUCAUGAAAGCCGGCGCAAAUGCGAGCCUCGCGUGUCCCGGCGUCGGGGAGCAGUCGAUCGUCAUCAACCUCGAGUGGCUGUGCAUGCGGUGUGGCUCGUCCGGCGUCUCCGAGAUCAAGCUGGUCGAGUUCAUGGGCGAGAGCACCACCGUCUGGGAGCACAGGGGCCGCAUCUCGCUGAACCAAGAGACCUUCUCCCUCAACCUGCAGCCUGUGCUUAGCCAGGACUCGGGCGAGUACGUGUGUCUCGUCAACAACCGUCCCACCCCCGAGGCCAUUGUCAAGCUCGUCGUUCAGGACGUGCCACCACCGCCAGCCCGGCCUUUGAUCACCAACUUCACGUCCCGCUCAGUCUAUUUGUCGUGGGCGCCGCCGGUAGACAUGCAAAACGGCCACAUUAUGCACUACAUCAUCAGCAUUAGGGUCGGCGAAGACGGCGGCUGGGACGAGGACAUGAGCGGCAUCGAAACGAGCGACAACAAGACGUUCUACACUGUGGCCAACCUCCGUCCAUUCACCGUCUACAGCUUCCGCAUCAUCGCCGUCAACGCCUUGGGACCCUCAAAGCCCAGCAAGGAGUCCUUCUACAUGGUAACCCUCAGGGAAGUGCCAGACGGCAAGCCAACGAUAACGACCGCGCACAACACGAGCGCCACCUCGAUCCACAUUAGUUGGCGGCCGCCGACGCCAGACUCGAUCCACGGCGAGUUCCUCGGCUACAGGGUGGCCUACCGCCAGCGAGACCGCUCUUCGCAGCCCUUGAAGGAAAUUUUCAUCAGGGACCCUAAUGUUAAUAGUUUCACGAUCCAGAAUCUCGACGUAUACUCGCAGUACCUGGUGUCGCUUCAGGUGUUCAACCCGGAAGGCCAUGGUCCCAGCACCACUGUACUCGUCAUGACCGACGAAGGCGUUCCAUCACGUCCACAGAACUUAACAAUUACCUACAUUUCGUCGAGGUCAGUGGGUCUGGCAUGGAGUGCCCCUGAAAUGAGGAACGGCCGGCUUCUUGGCUACAGACUCUACUAUUUGCACAACAACUUCACCGACAGCAUAUCCUUCAUCGCCAUCACAACCCCUAUCACCACGUACAACCUCACUGGACUGACACCAAAUGGCGAAUACAAGAUUUGGGUGAAGGCGUUCACCUACAAAAAUGAAGGCGAGCCAUCAAUUGCAGUCGACUGCAAGACCGACAUUGCCGGGCCCGGCCCUCCAAAGAUCAUGAACUUGACCUGUCUGAGUGAGGACUCUCUCCUCAUCCAAUGGACGCGGCCAGCCAAGUUCUUCAAAAAUAUUGACUACUACUACUUGAUGUACCGUAGCGAGGACUCGUUCGAAUUUAACGAAAACGUGUUUAACACUUCCGCAAGCUAUUUAAAAUCCUCGGCUUACUUGACGAAUUUAACGACGGACAAAAUGUACGAAGUGAAAGUCAGAGGCGCCGUUCACAGCGAGCUUAAUCGCUCCGAGAUUCUCCAGGGCGACGAGUCUCUGUCGAGGAAGAUUCUGCUCAAGCUAAACUGCGACAAGGAGCACCUUCGACACAGUCAGAAGCCCAAUGAGCUCAGCGCUGGCGUCAUCGCUGGCAUUGCGUGCGCCGCCUUCGCCAUGAUACUCGCCCUCUUUGCAUUAAUCCUAUGGAGAAAAUGCUUCCGGGACUCUUACAACUACCUGGACGACCUGCCCCCGAUCGCCCCCAACGAGAAGGUCGACUGGGACAUCACAAACGAGGAUGGCGUGAAGACCACGAUCCCGAUUAACCACUUCUCUAAGCACGUGAUGGAGCUGCACGCUGAUGGAGACAUCGCCUUCAGCAAGGAGUAUGAGGCCAUCCAGGCCAUGGCCACCAAAGAGGAGAUCGCCUCCGAAUUCUCCCAGCACCCUGACAACAAGCAGAAAAAUCGAUACCUUAACAUCACUGCAUAUGAUCACAGUCGUGUGCGGCUAAUGCCUGCUGUUGGGCAGAAAAAAGCUUUUGACUACAUCAAUGCCAACUACAUCGAUGGAUUCCAGAAGUCGAGGGCCUACAUAGGAACGCAAGGACCGUUGCCUUCCACGUUUGACUGCUUCUGGCGCAUGAUUUGGGAGCAAAGGGUUGCCAUCAUAGUCAUGAUCACCAAUCUGGUCGAGAGGGGAAGGAGAAAGUGUGACAUGUACUGGCCCAAGGAAGGAAUUGAGACAUACGGCGUUGUCCAAGUUAAACUGAUUAAGGAAGAUGUCAUGGCGACCUACACUGUCAGAACUCUGCACGUCAAACACACUAAGUUGAAGAAAAAGAAAGGCGUGGAGACGGAACGCACGGUGAAGCAGUACCACUACACCAACUGGCCAGAUCACGGCACUCCAGACCACCCUCUGCCAGUGCUGAGCUUUGUGAAAAAGAGCUCGGCCGCGAACCCGCUGGAUGCGGGUCCAAUCGUGGUGCACUGCAGCGCUGGUGUUGGCCGCACGGGCACCUACAUCGUGCUGGACGCCAUGCUGAAGCAAAUCGCAGCCAAGUCCGAAGUGAACAUCUACGGAUUCCUGCGGCACAUCCGCACGCAGCGUAACUUCCUCGUCCAGACCGAAGAGCAGUACAUCUUCAUCCAUGACGCCCUGCUCGAAGCCAUCGAGUUUGGAAACACUUGCAUCGGACACACCAGUGUUCCUAACUACAUUAUCAAUCUCCUUACCUCAGAAGUCCUGCACCCGGACAGCACCCACCGGAAACUCCUCGACAGCCAAUUUUCGUUGCUAACUGGCUUUGCGCCGCAAGACUUCCACCUAACUUCGGCCACAAAGCAGAGCAACGGACACAAGAACCGCAGCUCAGACCUCCUCCCGCUUGAAAACUCCCGAGUGCAUUUGACACCCAAACCAGCAGUGGAUGGUAGCGACUACAUUAAUGCUUGUUGGAUUCACGGAUUCCACAAGUUGAAAGAAUUUAUUAUCACUCAACAUCCUAUGGAGGCAACUGUGAUGGACUUUUGGCAGAUGGUAUGGGACCACAACGCCCAAACAAUUGUCAUGCUCUCUGACAUUGACAACACUAUUGACCAACCCUUCUUGCAGUUCUGGCCAAACGCCCAGGACGAGUUAGAGAACGAGAACUUCAAGGUCAAGUUCGUGGACGAAUUCGAACACGCGGUGGGCACGUGCAACGAGAUGACCAUCCAGUCGCUGCACGACGACUACGAACUUCGCAUCAAAAUGGUCCGCUGCCCCAACUGGCCACACAGUUGCGGUAGCAUGCUGAAUGUCUUCGACUUGCUCAACUUUGUACAAGAGUGGCACAUGGACUGCCAAAACGGGCCCGUUGUCGUAAUUGAUAGAUUCGGUGGGACGGAAGCCGCCACGUUCUGUUGUCUCACCUCUCUGACCAAGCAGCUUGAGUACGAGAGCAACGUUGACGUGUACAUGUACGCUAAACUGUAUCACAACAAACGUCCAGGAAUUUGGAAAUCUCAGGAGGACUAUCUGUACUUGUACCAGUGCAUUGAGAGCCUCUUGAAGUCACGCGAAGGUCUUCGCACACUGCCCCGCACGGGCAUCUACUUGUCAGUAAACGGGCGCGCCAACGGCUACGUGGCCAACGGCAACAGCCACGUGAUGGCCGCCUCGCCGGCGGUCAGCCUGGUGGCCGUCGAGGAGGAGGACGAAGAGGAGGAGGAGGAGGGGCAGGGGGUCGCCCCCGACGAUCGGGGCGUGCCUGAGGGCAUGGAGGGCGUCCAGCUAGCCGCCGAGACAACCGCCUAACUCGAAAAGACUGCGCCGAGCAUUUGCUAGAUUAAAAACUUGCCGCCUACGGUGCCCGCGCUUUCGGCUUUCCCGCCGCCUUCGCCACCGCCGCUCUCCUAUUUUUGUGAUACUUUCCAGCCGGAACUCACUAUACACUGCUCCCUUUCUUUCCCUUGAUUCGUUUCCGGAAUGACGUCAGUCCAAAGCGUUGGUUUCAUUUGUCGAAGCGAAAGCUUUUGAAGCGCGCGGCCCGUAGGCGCGUUUGAGGGCAUUUGAAUGCAUUCCGAGGCCUUCGAAUUUAAGACGACUGCCUCCUCGACAGACAAGUACAACUGAUACAAGCCCAAUCUGCCCCCAAAAUUUGCCAAAGAUUAUUUUUACAACUAAGAUUACUAAUCCAUUCGUUUAUUUGUGAUUUACUUUUUGUGUCUGUAAGAUGCUGCUGAAAUCAAAAUUGUUUUGAUUUUAUAAAACGCUGAGUCUCGAAUUUAUAUACGACAAUUCUUCCGGUCAGCACAAAAAGCUCUUCAGUUCUAAAUUGUAGCAGCUUUUUACAAUUUAAGGGUAUUUAUGUUAAUUUUUAAUCGUUUUAGUCUAAUGAUCUAGUUCUGGCUUUUACAUAAAUAUUUCUGUGGGAUUCUCAAGAGCUGCUGUGUUUGAUAACUUUUGCAAUAAGAAAAAAUCAAGUAUUUAUCGAUUUGUUAGCAAAGUCCGUGGGAAUCCCUCUCGAUAUCGCACAUUCUUAUAUCAAACUAGUGUUGGUGUUUAUUGGUGACCCCAGAUACACAACUAGGAAGCGUCAAGGGGAAAUUCUUGAUCAAAACUGUACAUGUUGGAAAUCACCAAUGUAAACUGUAGAAGUUAAUGCAAAAAGAAUUUGGUCUAGACCUCAUGCCAAGCACUCCUACAGCGUCAUCAGACGAGAAUUUCUCUGCUCCUCUGACGUCGCCUCCUGUUAGCAGAUGAAAUGGAUGUCCAGACAUUUUCUGCGUGUACUCAUAUUGAUACAUUCAGUGUUGCAAAAAAAUAGCUGCUGCAUUUGGCAGCUUCAGUUAAUGAAUGGACUUAGUAUUAUACAGUAAAGACGUUUUAUUUGUCAUAUCUCAUGAUUUAAAUGCAACUUUUGUAAAACAUACAAUCUCAGACAGCUUUUUCGCGGACGAUUGGUUAAUGAGUUUAUUAUAACCGUUGAUGUGAAAAAAAUGAAUCAAUGUUCAUCCAGACAGCGAGUCGGACGACUCGCAAACCGGAAAUAAUCUGCUAAUUCGUGGAUUGCGCAAAUAACACCUAGAUAAUUGCUCCUGCGUUCGAUUUCCUCGCGCUGGUUUAAAAAUCUCACAAAUAGAAAGCAACAGCGUGGAAAUCGGCGCCUUUUUACGGUCGUUUUUUGUAUCUCCCUUUUAGAGGUAUUGUGUCACUUUUUUGAUAAAAAAUCGAAAAGCAAAGAAGCACCGCUGGGUCCAUUUGUAAAAAGAAUAAACCAAUUCAAGGCAAGAAAAGAGGUAUUUUCUGUGGUCCUGAUUGACGCUAUUGAGGGAAUGUUUAUGAGAAAACAAGCUGUUGCUAUUUAAUAUUUAUAGGGAAAAAGAUAUUGAUAUGUAACUCUGAUUAUUUUCCAUUAAAAAAAAGACAAGAUGAUGCAUUUAUCUCCUUAUUUGUUACGUAAAAAAGGAAAGCAAAACUAAAUGGUGUAGCUUAUUCAAAACUGCAGAUCCAGUUAUUAUUUAUUGUUCAAUGUAAAGCAGAUUGAUGUAGACAAAACUUGGAUGUAAAAAUCUACAAGACGGAAGAAUGAUGAUGCAGGUGAUUAACAUUAUAAAAUGAAAAAUGAUAGUCUAUGAGAAAUAAAAGGAUGGUAAUGUAAAAAUAAAA